UAUACACCCUUCGAUAUGUUUUCGAUCUCGUUUCUCAUUGGUCAAGCGUCCUAUGACGUAUCAGCGUAUGUAGAAAUCCAAAGAGAUGUUUCCACUCUAGUCACCCCUACUAUUUACCAUGCCCCGCCCAAUACAACUUGAUCCAAUACACGUUUCGACGCAACUAAACAUUCCAACAUGGUUCGCUAUGUAUCACUCUCGUAUGUGUCGUGUGUUCUUUAUUAAUUGUUAUAAGUGUCCUUAUAUUUACGAAAUCCAGACAAAUUGAUAUUAUUUUUCAAGAAUACAUGCAUAUAUUUUCGACGUUAAAGAAGAAGACACGAAAAGGAUCUAUGAAAUAACUUAAAUUUAUAAAAUGUCCAUUCUAGACGAGCGUGAAGAAUACCUGAAGAAUCCAUAUUUUGUGAAGCACGAAUACGGAGAUUUUACGCCGUUUUAUAUUACCAUCACCAUUUGUUCUGUAAUAGGGGGAUUUAUAUUUCUUUUGAAUAUCGUCUUUUGCUGGUGUUCCCGUCACAGAGCUUACUGGCAAGAUCGUCAUACUGGAAAUCGAUACAUUCAAUCUUUGUGGACUGUAUUGCCACAUAAAACUCCACCUUUGGAUUUAAGUGAAUUAGAAUCCGUUCAAACUACAAAUCCGAUAAUUAAGUCUGAAGUAGUAGAAUAUCACGACACUGAAUCUCAAGGAAAGGGUUCUCAUUCACAGGAAUACUUGGAAAUGCAUAAACGUGAAAGUGAGAUUUAAUUUCACUUUAAUUUUAAUGUUUUAUGAUUGAAAAACGUAUGUACAAAAAUCAGAAAAGAUUGCACACAUUUAGUAUUAGUAUAGAAGAAGCACCCUCUGUGUUUCUUAUUUGUACAAAGUA